AGGCUGCUGCGUGGGGACAGGCACAUGAGAGGUGGCUUCACGUCCAUUGCGCGGUCCUGCUCAUUGUGCAACAGGUCACUUGGGUCCAGGGAAGGAUGCAAAGGGCAGGAGGUAGGAACGGAGGGAAGGAAAGAUGCACGCUUCACGGAGCUUUUCUAAUGACAGCCGGCGAGUGCUGGUUUUAGAGCUUUUUUCCUCCCCUGACGCUUCUGACUUCUGCAUGCCUUAUUUCGGGUGUGGGCACAGGAAAUGGCUCUGCGGAGCUGCGGAGCAAGGCCUCCCCCUCUGGCACCGCCUGGGAGCGCCCCAUGGGAUGGGGGGCGGACGGGGCGGUCAGGCAAAGGUUAGGGGAGGAAAGCAAAGGCAGAGGCCCAGAACGGCUCCAGGAAAUGUUUGUAUUUCUCCACCGGGAGGGAGGACAAACAAGCUUCUCUCGUGCCUUCUGGGCGGCCCUGCACGCUCUCCAGCACAGGAGUCUGAAGAGCAGAGUGAGGCUGCAGAGAAAAAUCACCGCGGGGCCGGGGCCGGGCCCGGCGCCGCAGCAUGAAUCCUUCUGGACCUUCCCACCGCUUCCCAGAAGUGACCGCCUGCGCCUCAAGCCUCGCGGUGCCACCCGCUUCUCCCGGCCUGGGACAGCCGGAGACGAACGGACCUCCCCGAGCCUCUCCUUUCCCGGCUGACGUUCCUGGCCUCCUGGCGGCGGCCGCAUCCGCCCGCAUCCCGGGGUGAAGAAGGUAGAAAACCAGCAGCCCGGUGAGUGGUAGCGUUCCGAUCGGCACCUGUCUUUGUGGGGACUCCCGGGGCCGCCCAGCACGCAGAACCCCCGUCCUCCGUCCACCAUGGACAACGGGUCGUGCUGCCUCAUCGAGGGGGACCCCAUCUCUCAGGUGAUGCCCCCGCUGCUGAUCGUGGCCUUCGUGCUUGGCGCCCUGGGCAACGGCGUCGCCCUGUGGUUCUGCUUCUGCAUGAAGACCUGGAAGCCGAGCACCAUUUCUUUCAACCUGGCCGUGGCCGACUUCCUUCUCAUGAUCUGCCUGCCCUUCCGGACGGACUACUACUGGAGACAGAGGCAGUGGGCCUUUGAGGACAUUCCCUGUCGGGUGGCCCUCUUCAUGCUGGCCAUGAACAGGGCCGGGAGCAUCGUCUUCCUCACGGUGGUGGCGGUGGACAGGUACUUCAAGGUGGUCCACCCCCACCACCUGGUGAACGCCAUCUCCAACCGGGCUGCCGCCGGCAUCGCGUCCGCCCUUUGGACCGUGGUCAUCCUGGGGACCCUCUACCUUUUGAUGGAGAACCAUCUGUGUGUGCACGAAGACACCAUAUCUUGCGAGAGCUUCAUCAUGGAGUCGGCCAACGGCUGGCACGACAUCAUGUUCCAGCUGGAGUUCUUCCUGCCCCUCGGUGUCAUCCUGUUUUGCUCCUGCAAGAUUAUUUGGAGCCUGAAGCAGAGGCAGCAGCUGGCCAGGCAGACUCGGAUGAAGAAGGCCAUCCGGUUCAUCACGGUGGUGGCGGUUGUGUUCGUCACGUGCUAUCUGCCCAGCGUGUCGGCCAGGCUGUAUUUCCUCUGGACGGUGCCCUCGAGUGCCUGUGACCCCUCCGUCCACGUAGCCCUGCACGUGACCCUCAGCUUCACCUACAUGAACAGCAUGCUGGACCCGCUGGUAUAUUAUUUUUCGAGUCCCUCGUUCCCCAAAUUCUACACCAAGCUCAAAAUGCGCAGUUUGAGACCUAAGAAUCCGGGACGCUCCAAGACCCAGAGGUCAGAAGAGAUGCCAGUUUCCAGCCUGUGUCGCAAGAGUUGUGCCAGUGUGGCAAACAGCUUCCAGAGCCAGUCCGACGUGCAGUGGGAUCUCCAAAUGUGUUGAAUGGCAGUGAAACAGACAGACAGACAACGCCGAGGAGGACAGACAGACUGGCGACUUAGGAUGGUUCAUGCUAAGGGGUGAGCAUCUAUUGAAAAGGCCACCCUUUCUUAACUGGAUCCUCACUCUGUUGGAAACGAAAUUCAGGUUACUAUGCCUUUUUGGAAGGUUGUGGUUGACAAGUGAGUCACUUGCCUUUCUAUGCCCCGAUUGCAAUGACGGGACAAUAUGUGCGUGGAGAAGGGCACGUGUGUGUUAAAAAGGAGGGACGUUAAUUAAGAAGAGCUCGGCCCCUGUGUAGUUUUAAUCGGCUGGGUGAACAGGCACCGAUGUUUGAAGGAGUCACGUUCCCUGUCUGGGGGAGGUCGUGAACUUCAUGACUUGGCAGUAUUUGCUAUCCUCUCCUAAGUCAUCGUUUUAGAAACUAGAAACCUGAGUGAGUCAAUACCUUUAUUUCGGGCUGAGUGACAUCUUUAUGGGGACGUCCGGAUCCUGGCGAUUUUCAUCUCCACAGGGUGCCUGGGUAUGUUUCUGAUUUCUCAGUAGCCCAAGAAGAAGGACAGCAAAACAGUCUGCUCCGACCUUCUUGAAGCUCCACAUGUUUUCCGCAAGUCGUUGCAUUUCAAAGAAGAUGCUGAGGGAUAGGUUUGCCUCCCCUGAUCUUUCCAGUGGGAGCUGAGUGCGUGAAAAAACUCGGUUGGCCUUUGGGAUGGGCUGCGUGCAAUGUGAUCGCUUUUGACUGCUUGUUAUGUGACUGUGAGUUGAAAUCAUUUAUUCAUUCCUUCUGCAAGUACUUACUGAAUUCAUAUUUUGUGCGAGGCACUGUGCUACUAUCCCUUUUACCUGGAGGGUCAUUAGUCGAUUCCUGUGUGACAGCAAAGUAUUUUGGUGGGGUUGGGGUGGGGAGCAAACAGAGAGGUUAAUACCCUCACCCUCUCACUGAAUAUAGUUUCUAGACCUGUUCUGUGCAAACAUCAAUGUAUUCCUCCUAUUGCGGGAUUCUGAACAAACACUGAAGGGUGGAAAGGGUGAUGUCCCUUAUGUACAUGAAUUUCCCACAUAUGUACCUGGAGCCCUCAAAACUAGAUGGUUCUAUGGAAUGACUGACUGUCCUUGCUCUGGAUUAGGGGGAAAGAUCCAAAGCCAACCUUAACUCAGUUCUCAAGCCACAAAGUGGUGAAAGUCAUUCUUGCCUCUUUUAUUUACACUUUCUCAAAUGUUCAGGGUGCUCUCUGCACUAGAUGACCUUUCCAGCUUUUCGUUCUCUGGCCUCGAACACUCCUAUCGGCCGUCUUUAUUAUUUCCUUCUGCAGAGACACUACACAGCUCAGUGCCGAAAAGUAAGGGCUCUGGAAAGUCAGAUGAACCUUAAAUUGGAAUCCUAGCUCAACCACUCACUAGAUUUUGUUUCGCUGUUAUAUCCCCAGUGCUCAGGAGAGUGUCUGCACAUAGUAGGUGCUUAAUAAAUAUUUGAAUGAAUAAGUGCCUGUGAUGCAUUAAACAGUGUCUGGCAGGGAGUACUCAAUAUUGUGACUUACGACAUUAACACAUUUUACGCACCAAGAUAUUGAGGCGCAAAAGCAAUUUCCCACGGGGUUCAGAACCCUAAGUGCUGUAUUGUCACUACCUGAAUUCCCGCCCCCGCCCUCCCCAGCUGCCUGGCAGUAGGGUGGGUGGGUGGGGGGAGUGAAAACAGGAUCUUACCAUCUUCAGAGAACCUUACAUCCUCCUGAAAGAAAACUGGGAAAGCCCACACUUCUGCUUUCAAUUCUAUCCCUACUUAGAAUUAUUUCCUGGACCGCCCCUUGUUGCUUCAUCUCCAUAAAAACGGUUCCAAAAGAAAGUCCGCAUCCUGGGUGUGAGCCUAUAUUAGUUAAAAGACUCGUAAGACUUUACCCUCCCAGGAAAAAAAGCCUAAAAAAUCCAGAAGUUCACGGUAGGCAGAGGUUCUCACUAAAAAAACAGCAAUAAGAAACAAAAAGAAAGGAAAA